UUUUUAACCGUGUCCUGCAUGUCGUAGUUGAAUUGUAGAAGUACAAUGGUAUAGUAUAAAUACGAAGUGCAAAAGGUACAAGUCGUGCCCUGCCUACUUUAUUCCAUUCCCUCCAUAUGAUCCGUCUUAUCCAAAAUCAUCCCUCUCAUCCCAAUGAAUUCACGCAGCGACUCCCAUUCUUCUCCUACUUCCUCGCCUCGCAUGAGCGGAUCACUGAAGCCCCAAGUCUGUGCAACUCGAUCCAAAGCCUGGCGUUCCUCCUCCCGUAACCAACGAGUUCGUAAAGCAGUACCGGGAAUCCACACAACUCUCCUCAUAUGGUCAUUUGAAGUGGCUGCCGCAACUAGUCCGACAGAAGCGGUAAAGGUAACGUAUGCAAGAAUGGCGGAGAAGGCUAUCCCCCUGGCCGUAGACACGUCCAUGGUAUUCUGGAGGGUUGAAAGGUACGAUGCUAUUGCCCAUGCUGCUGGUGGCGUAGCUACUACACCUAAAAACGGAAGCGAUGCUUGUCGGAUGAUUUUCGAGCGAUAGAAUGCUGGCGUGCAGAAUGCAGUGUCUAUGAUGGCGAGAGCUAGUGAAAGGUUUCGUUGUUCCAUGGCUACUUCCAGAGCGUCAUUGGCAAUGGUAGGAGGAAUUGCAUUUUGUGGGCUUUUGGGGCUGGAUGGGCUAUAUUUUAUUGUCCCGCCGCUUGACCGUGGAGAUGGCUUAUUAGCGUAAAGGGCGAAAAUGGUAGGUAUAUAGUCUGCUUUUUUGAGCUGGCAUUGGAUCGAGGUGUAGAGUUUCAGUAUCUCCGGCGAUAUGAACACUUUCGGGUCUUGUAGCAGCUCGUUUAACUUAUUCGAUAUAGCGGUAGCUGACGUAGAUCUAGGGGGAUCCUUUUUCUGUGUCCGAGACACCUUCCGCCCUGCCACUGCUUCUUCUUCAUCAUCUAGGUUGAGGAGAGAGGAUAUAGCGUCCUUCCUCGGUUUGGUAUCUGUCUGCACUUUCGCCGCCUCAACCGACUGAACUGCAUCAACUAUGGCCUGACUUUGCCUUAAGAUCUUAAUGACCGACUCCUCUGAAGGUAUCGUUGUACCCGAUAUUAUCGCAUCACUCUCAGCUAUGACAUCUCGAACGGCAGAAUAGUCAUGGGUCGCCGGCUG